CCCUCUCCAUAUUCGACCACAAACCUUCAACUCCAAAUCCACAUUUUUUUACACUAUCUUCCCUAAUGACGUCCUUGUGGUUCACGUGCUUCGCCGCCGGUUGCCGCACGGCAGUGGCAUGCUCUAUUAUUGCUGCAGCCACCGUGUACGGCCCCCUUUUUUUACGACGUCAAGUGACGUUCCCGGCAUUUUCUUACGUCACUGCCAUCUUGAUCGUGACAAAUGCAACUCUUGGGGACACCGUCCGUGGCUGCUGGCUGGCACUCUAUGCCACCUUGCAGACUGUCUGUCCGGCCAUGGCGGUGUUUUGGUUUAUUGGACCGACGAAGUUCUCGUACGAGACGAUCGCUUUGACAGUGGCGCUGGCAUCGAUUGUGGUGGUGCUGCCGAGUUCUAGCCAUGUUUUGGCUAAACGGAUUGCUUUGGGUCAGAUUGUGAUUAUUUAUGUGGUCGGUUUCAUCGGCGGUGUUCAAACUCACCCUCUCAUGCACCCUGUUCAUGUCGCUUCCACGACCGCUAUGGGUGUCGCCGCCAGCUUCCUCGCCACCCUUCUUCCCUUUCCACGUCUCGCUUCUCUCGAGGUGAAAGAGAAGAGCAAAGCAAUGGUGGAGAACGUGGCAGAGAGGUUAAGGGUAUUGGUGAAAGCAUUUCUUGCUGACAAUGACACAGUGGCUGUUGGGUCCCUUUCUAAAGCUGCACUGUUGUCCACCUCAGCAACCAAACUCCUCCAACCCAUCAAACAAUACCAAGAAAGCAUGAAAUGGGAGUGGAUUCCAUUAAAAGUUUGCAAAUUGGGAUGGUUGGGCAAUAGUCAAAAAUUGCAAGAUUUGGAAAGACCCAUAAGAGGAAUGGAAUUGGCUUUAUCAAACAUUCCUUCAUACCCAAUAUUGCAACCACUUCAAAUUGAAUCACUUCAAAAUGGUAUAAAUUCUUUAGAGAAUCAAAUCGUCCAAUCUUUGAACCAAGGCAUUGCUUAUUCACCGUCCGAUUCACAUACUUUUCCUGAAUCAAACCCUUAUGAUGAAGAUCAAGAUCAAGAUCCAGUGAUGAACACCAUCCAAUUAAUCAACCCAACAAAUCACAAGAACCUCCCUUCCUUUUUCUUUAUAUUUUGCUUGAAACUCCUUCAAGAAAAAUCCCAAAACAACAAGUUACCCAACCCCCAGAAAUCAGAAGAACAAAAACAAACACCAAAUACAACAAAAUGGGCAAUUCCAAGUGGCAUUUUGAGCAGCAAAAAGGUAAUGGGAGCUUUAAAAUCGGCAAUUUCAUUAGGAAUUUCUGUUUAUUUGGGGUUGAUUUAUAGCAAAGAGAAUGGAUUUUGGGCAAGUUUAGGAGUGGCUGUUAGUAUUGCUUGCACAAGAGAAGCAACUUUCAAAAUAUCAAAUGUCAAGCUUCAAGGAACAGUCAUUGGAUCAGUUUAUGGAGUGUUGUGUUUUGUUAUCUUUGAAAAGUUUUUAAUUGGAAGACUUCUCUGUCUUCUCCCAUGUUUUGUGUUCACAAGUUUUCUUCAACGAAGCAAAAUGUAUGGAGCAGCUGGUGGAGUUUCAGCCAUUAUUGGAGCUGUCAUCAUUUUAGGAAGAACAAAUUACGGUUCACCAAAAGAACUUGCUUUUGCAAGAAUUGUUGAGACUAUCAUUGGAGUUUCAUCUUCAAUUAUGGUUGAUAUCAUUUUACAUCCAACUAGAGCUUCUAAACUAGCCAAAUUUCAACUCACUUCCACUUUAAGAGUGCUUCUAAAAUGCAUCGAUUCAAUGAGUUUUCAACCCCCAGAUCUUAAAGGGAGCUUAAAAGAAUUGGGAAGCCACGUUGUUGAGUUGAAGAAGUUGAUUGAUGAGGCUAACGUAGAACCCAACUUUUGGUUUUUGCCAUUUCAAAGUGGUUGUUAUGGGAAGUUAUUGAAGUCACUGUUGAAAACAGUUGAUUUGUUUGCUUUCGUUAAUCGUUCAGUUGAAGGGAUAGGACAGAAUCUUCUGGUAUUGGAAGAUCCGUUGUCGUGGGCGAAAAUAGGUGAAAAUUUAGAAGAGGAUGUUGAGGAUUUUAAGGAAAUGGCGAGUGGUUUGGUGAGAUGCUGUGUGGAUGUGAGUUCUUUGAAGUCAUUGAAGGUGCUUGAGAAGGAAGUAGAGAAAAAGAACAAGGGAGAGGGUGAUUUUGAGGAUGUUGAAAUGGGUGAGAGUAAAAUGGUCAUUGAAAUGGAGGAAAUGGAGAAAGAAAAACUGCUUUGUUCAUUUAUGAAGCAUUAUGUGGAAGUUAUUGAGCAAAGUGGUGAAAGUGAAGAUGGUAAAAGAGAAGCACUUUUGAGUUUUAGUGCUUUGGCUUUUUGUUUAAGUAGUUUGAUGAAAGAGAUUGAAGAAAUUGGGAAAGCAACAAGAGAAUUGAUUCAACGAGAGAAUCCUUCAAGUCAUGUUGAUUUUAAUGAAAUCUCAUCUAAGAUUCAUGUUGUACAAAAGGGUGUGAAGUAAAAAUGUACAAACAUUAAUUUAAAGAAAGAAAAAGGAUAUGAUUUAAUAAAAUAUUAUACUUCAUGAGUUAAGAAAUAACCAUUUCUGUCAAUA